AUGAGAGGGCCUUCCUGCCUCUGGGUCUUGCUCCUACUGCUGCUAGGAGCUGCUGGGAUAGGGACGCUGGAGUCUGCAGCCUGCGGGCAGCCCCAGGUGUCGAGUCGGAUCGUGGGGGGCCGGGACGCCCGGGACGGACAGUGGCCGUGGCAGGCGAGCAUCCAGCACCGCGGGGCGCACGUGUGCGGGGGCUCGCUCAUCGCCCCCCAGUGGGUGCUGACCGCAGCGCACUGCUUCCCCAGGCCGACGCUGCCGUCCGAGUACCGCGUGCGCCUCGGGGCGCUGCACCUGGGCCCCGACUCGCCCCGCGCGCUCUCGGCGCCCGUGCGAAGGGUGCUGCUGCCCCCGGACUACUCGGAGGACCGCGCCCGCGGCGACCUGGCGCUGCUGCAGCUGCGCCGCCCGGUGCCCCUGAGCGCCCGCAUCCAGCCCGUCUGCCUGCCCGAGCCCGGGGCCCGCCCGCCCCCGGGCACACCGUGCUGGGUCACCGGCUGGGGCAGCCUGCGGCCGGGAGUGCCACUUCCAGACUGGCGACCUCUGCAGGGAGUAAGGGUGCCACUGCUGGAUGCGCGCACCUGUGACCAUCUCUACCACGUGGGCACCAACGUGCCCAGCGCGGAGCACAUAGUGCUGCCCGGAAACCUGUGUGCCGGCUACAUCCAGGGCCGCAAAGAUGCCUGUCAGGGUGACUCUGGGGGACCCCUGACCUGCGUGAGAUCCGGGCGCUGGGUCCUGGUGGGCGUGGUGAGCUGGGGCAAGGGCUGUGCCCUGCCCAACCGUCCAGGGGUCUACAGCAACGUGGCCGCUUACAGCCCCUGGAUUCAGGCUCGUCUUAGCCUCUAA